CGCGAGUUCCAUUUCAUUUCAUAUACAAAAUCAAAGGCUGCGCGCCGGGAGGGAUAUCUGUGUGACUAGUGCUUUAUUACUUUGAACAUCCCUUACUACUUACCUAUUCCAACGAUCUAGUUUAUAGCCACUAAUCAGUUUACACAAAUUGUUAUUUUCCUCGAGAAGCUUCCUUCAGCAUGCCUGAAAAUAUUUUUCAACUAGUUUUAAUAACAGUGCUGUUUACGAGGUGCGUUGUUUGGAAUGAAGAUAACCUACUGAGGCUACAGAUAGGCGAAAAUGUUGCCCCUUCAAACCAGACUAUAAGGACCUACAUGAGCGGCGUCGACCUGGGGAUAAUCAAUAUGGAAAAAUAUCCAUUGGAAUCCUUCCACAGGGACGAACAAAACAUCUUUAGGGACCUUUACAUAGAGUAUGCCUCUGUUAACGAAAUCCUACCACUUAGCUAUGAAGAAUGGCUUAUUAUGAACAACUUUGGUAUACUACCCGAUACCCAGGAAUCUUUGUAUGAAAAAAAAAUUAUUAAGCGUAGUGUAGCGCAAAACAAACGACGCUUUAUCAACACUGUGAGAAAAGGAGAUAUUCUAAUCACAGGCCGUGGUAUCGGUGGGUUGAUUGGCCACGCAGCGAUUAUGACUACGGAUAACUGGGUGCUUGAAAUGAGGGGUGGUGCAGGGUGGCAGAAUGGGAUAAAGGAUAACAACCGCCAGGUUAAGAAGGACAAGUGGUUUGAUGAACACAGGUCUGACUGGACGACCGUGUAUCGUUGUAAAGAUGGAAUUGCCGCUAGAGAUGCUGCGGUAUGGGCGGACCAUACAUACUACAACCCUAGUGGAGGUUUAACCAAGACUAAGCACAUCACAUAUAAAAUAACCCCGGAUAUAUGGUCCACGAACCCAAGCUACUGCUCAAAACUUGUGAUACAAGCAUAUUAUUUUGGCACGGGGAAGAAAAAAGUUGUAAAGAACCUAUCCCUUAUUGGUAGAAUUAUUGUACCCACUACAAUCCCGAACUAUUUCUUAAGUCCAUACACUCUUGUGAAUAAAGGCAAAUAUUAAUAUUU